AGCCCCACUAUAGGAAUACCCUAAUAUCAAAGAAAUGUUUGUUUCAAAUUAUUUUCCAAAAAACACGAUUCAGCACCAGGACCGUGGGAAUGAUUCUUUUGCUGGGGGUACUGAAGUCAAAUUGGUAAGCAAAAGAAAAAAGGGAGUUUCACUAGAAAAUUGAGGUUGUGUUGGUCACAAUAAAUUUGACAAGCCCCAAACAAUUAAAUGAAUAAGAUAGAUAGAUGCACAUGUAACACCAAGUAAUAGGCCACAUGCCUUGAUUCACCAUAUGACCCCAGCCAUACAAUUUGUUAUCUUUCUUUUUAAUGAUUGUACCUUUUUUUCUUUCUUUCUUUUUUUCUCUUCCUUGUAGGUACUUCUUGGUCUCCCGUUUGGACAGGAAAUUGACAUGUGGUCUCUUGGCUGCAUCUUAGCUGAGCUCUACCUAGGGAAGCCCCUAUUCUGGGCCAAGCAGAAGGAAGAGCUUUUGAGCCAGAUGACAUCACUGUUUGGUCCACUCCCAACUAAAGUCUACCAAAGGGCCAAGUUCUUCACUCAAUUCAAGGAAGCAGUCGGACAACCCCUGUCAUUCAUGGAUCGUUUCUCUAAGUUUGGAAGCAAGUUAGACUGCAAUGAUUUUAAGUUUGUUUCUUUUCUGCAAGGCAUGUUGAACUUUGACCCAAGUGAGCGUAUGUCUGUAUCAGAAGCUAUUCAACAUCCAUUCAUGGGCCCUGAGUUAGCCAUUAGAUAUGUACUUCCAUUCAAGAUAAAUGGUAAGAUUGUAUGUCUGUAUUGUGUUUGUUUUCUUCCAUUAUUGAUAACUUAGGAGUCAAUAAAACCC